UAAUAAGUACUUGUACGGAGUUCUACUAAUUCCAUGCUGGAAACAAAACAAAACUAGCGAACAAGCAAAACUCAAAAUGACAGUUUUGUGACUGACGACAGGCUAUCUUAGAGACAUUGACAGUUGACGGGUGUGGUUUGUUUGAAUGGUUUGCUUUGCAUGUUGGUUUGGUGGCAUUUGGCAUCAUAACGCAAAAUCAAGUCAAUACAAAAGAAUUCAAAAUAUAUAAACGGGCGACUCCACUCAAACCUAUUGUAUAUUUUAUUUUAUAUAUAAUAACACUUUCAUCUUAAGUGAAUUAAAAAUAAUGGAUAAAAUUAUUGUUUUGUUAUGUUGUUUACUUUCAUUUUCAAAAGUUCUUAGUUUGGAAUGUUACGUAUGUAAUGAUCAAGAGGAUAACACGGAAAAAUGCAUUAAAACUAUCAAAACCUGCGAGUAUAAUCAAGAUGUUUGUUUAACUGAAAUUAAGUGGGGUAGUACACCUUACUGGUCUCAAGGCGCUAAGAAGCAGUACUAUGUAUCGAAGAGGUGUUCUAAUAAGACCGAAUGUGCAACAAUCAGACACCAAAACAUGCCUCUAUGUACACAUAUUUGGUACCAAGAUUGGGUGUGUUCAGAUUGCUGUCAAGGAGAUCGUUGUAAUUAUUAUAUUAUUUUGUGCCACAGUUUUUACAACCCCACCGAUAGUGGAGCUGUAUCGAUAACGAGCAAAAAUUUGGACAUGGUUUUAGCAUCCAAUGAAGUGGUAUUCAUAAACUUUUAUGCUGAAUGGUGCAGGUUCAGCAAUAUACUUAUGCCAAUAUUUGAUGAUGCUGCCGAUGAAAUUGCAAAACAGGGCUAUGACCCUGGGAAAGUUGUCAUUGGCAAAGUAGAUUGUGAUAAAGAAGCAUCUAUAGCUACAAGAUUCCAUAUUACUAAGUAUCCCACUUUAAAAUUGUUCCGUAAUGGAAUUCCAGCCAAGAAAGAAUACAGAGGUGCCAGAAAUGUAGAAGCAUUUGCAGAGUUCAUAAAAAAACAGCUGGUUGAUCCUGUUCAGGUGUUUGGAGCACUCAAAGAUCUUCAUAAUUUGAGCGAAGACAAAAGACACAUCAUUGGUUAUAUGGAUAGGAGGGACCAACCUGAGUAUGAUGUUAUGAGAAAAGUAGCAGCCAAUCUUAAAGAUGAUUGUCAAUUCCAUGUUGGCUUUGGAGAUGUAUCUCAGCAGAUGCAUCCUCCAGGACAGCCAAUAAUUGUGUUUAGAGCGGACAGGAAAACUUCAAGUGAACCUGAUGAGACCUACACAGGCUCGCUGACUAACAUGGAGGAAUUAAAUGCAUGGGCCACUGGCAAGUGUAUUCCUCUUGUGCGUGAGAUAACCUUCGAAAAUGCGGAGGAGCUAACUGAGGAAGGACUGCCGUUCCUUAUUCUUUUCCAUCUUCCCACUGACACGGAGAGUGUUAAGAGAUACAAAGAGAUUGUUGAAAGGGAAUUGAGUGGAGAAAAGCAAAAUAUCAAUUUUUUAACUGCGGAUGGAGUACGUUUUGAGCAUCCUCUGCACCAUCUCGGCAAGUCUGCAUCGGACCUGCCACUCAUAGCCAUUGAUUCGUUCCGACACAUGUACUUGUUCCCUGACUAUAAACAAAUGGAGAUACCUGGACGACUGUAUCAGUUCCUGCAAGAUCUUUACUCAGGAAAAUUACACAGAGAAUUUCACUACGGACCAGAUCCGGCAGAAAUUUCACACUCUUCAGACGUCAAAGUGACUACGCCACCAGAGUCUACCUUCAAGAAAUUAGCUCCUUCCAAAAAUCGAUACACUCUCCUCAGGGACGAAUUAUAAGGUUACCGUGUUUAGAUCAUGAAAUUUAAUUUAGAAUUUUUAUUUAACAAUUUUUAAAAUACACCUAAUUGUUUAUGUCAAUCUAUGUUAUUUUGGAACAUAUAUUCCCCACUAGCAUUUUUAUUAUGUGAAACAUGGAAUGUGGCGGUCCAGGCCGGCUUUUAUAUGAUGUGUCAUACUUGUCAGGUCAUAAUAUGUGACCUGACUAGUAUGAGAAUAUAAAAACUUCUUGAGCCGUGAUGAGCAUUUUGUUUUUUGGAUAUUGGAUGAGACUGAACCGUCACACUCGGCUAUACAAUGCUCGUUGGGGUAAAUUCGCCUCGAAUCUACCAACGUCAGUUAUCACUGUAGUGUUUAGUGCGACUGCACUGCCAAAAGGGUCGAUUAUCGAGUUCGAAAGGAAAAUUCGUACCAAGCACUGAUAGUAAGCAAACCAAUUUUUAAAAAUCAUUACUUACUAUUUUUUAUUUCGUUAUCAACAAGUUAAUGUAUUCAAUAACCAGAGUCAAAUGUUGAUUUGUUUUAUAUAAAAUAUGCUUUUUAUUUAAUCACUACUUACUUCAUAUAAUCUUCAUACAAUAAUACUUCAACAAAUGUUAUUUACUGUACUUUUCGGCACCAUCGAGUUUAAUAUUAAAAAAACGGGUCUUACUUUAAAAUGUAUUCUUUUAAUUUGUGAAAUAAUACUUUCAUUUAGCGCGCGUCGAACUUAUGCCAAUAUUCUCUAAUGAGGGUGUAAAUUUUCUUCCUUACCAGAUGGCACAAGAGGCACAUGAGGUCCUAACUCUUGUGAGGUCAUUAUCCUAGCCACUGUCAAUUAUGCAAUAUUUGUAUAAAUUUAAUUAGACCAUUGAGCAGAACAAUAAUGGGCAGUGUCCUAUUAUUGACCAAUCCCAACACAGCAUUAGACUUGUGGUCUACGAGCUGACAUGUGGUGUGUAGUUUUGAAAACCCUCAUUCCAUUAGUUAUUAGGUAAUAUUCUAGGUGGCGAAUAUUACUUCUUAUCCAGACUAGACAUUGGAUAAUGUUACUUACUGUCAAAUCCAGUGUCCGUUACUGUUUGAAACAAGUAUGUUCUUAUUUUCAUGGGUAGUUUGGGUAAUAUAUGUAUGCACGCUAUCCUACAAAUUUCUUAAAAUAUGUAUCAUAUGCUAAAUAUAAUCCAACAUACAAUAAUUAUUGUAAGUAAUUGAACUGUGGUUUAAUCAUACUUGCUAAUAUUUACCUAAUAGUAUUUUUAUAUUGAUUAUCCUUCUUUUAUACCAUUGCUGUUGGUUCAGGAAAUGAAUCUGGGAUUAAUUGGUCUACUUAUAAUUAUAAAUUGCUAUAUAUUAUAUUAUAGUGAACAAUGCAAAUAUUCAAAUAAAGUGCCCAGAAAAAUAAUGAUAAUGUAUAUUUCUGUUAGUUUUAUUACAAUAAUUAUUAUCUUAUGAUUUUUAGACUGUUUUUCUGUCAGAAUUCUGUCCUACAAAUUCACCUUUGUGAAAUGGUUUGUCAGUUUCCCUUGCUACUUACACCAACAGAAAAAAAAUCGAAAUUGACCGUUGUGGCAAAUCGACUGAGAUCUGGGAGGAAAAUGUCUGCCACUGGAAUCAUUUUGUUUAGAAAUUAAAACUAAUUUGAUCGGGGCUUUCUGUUUCUGAUAGAAAAACUGUCUCCUUUAAUUUCUAAUAGGAAAUCCUUUGAUUUUAUAAUCACGUUUGUUUAGGUAAUUAAAAAAGGUAAACAAGUUUUGAGUCUUUUAAUUGAAAUAUUCACUUUAAAAAUCAAAAUCGGGUGCGACAGGUACGACGGGUACGCGGGGUGCACGGGGAUGUGUUGACAUCCGGGUUCGUAGCCUGCACCCUAUACCAUUUUAUUAAUCGGCAAUUGCACAUUGCAAUUUAAACAUGUUAGAAAUCAGAAAUUGCAUAUUUGUAAUGUGCUUCCUAAUAUACUGGUUUUAAAUUGUAUAUUUCAAUAAUAAGGUAUGUAAAGAUUGUAUAUUAACUUUAUUUUCCUAAGCAUUUGGAUUAUAGAUUAUUAUAGUUUAAUCGACGUGAUUUCUAUAUGUGUAUAAUUAUAAUAAAAACCCUGGCUGUAUAUUAAUUAUAGUGGAAAAAUAAGAUAAAAAUUACAUGGAAUGAUGGAGGAAUAACUUUUAGGCGAAAGAACAGCUGACCGAUUAUUGCGAUCAAAACCUAGGAGGUUAUUAUGAAAUUAAAUAGAUAUUCACUGACACAUUUUCGCGUUAAAUUUUAAAAAUAUAUUAUUUUAUGUUACAUACAUCUAUACUAAUAGCAGUAGCUAGAAGUUUAUAGGUCUUAGAAAAGAAAGCGGAACGCAGAAAAAAACUCGUCUGUCAGAAUAAUGCGUUACACGCUGUCACACUUUAAGAAAAGGUUAUAUAUAUUUUAUAUACCUUUAAUAAAGAGUAAAAUUUCUUCUUAGAGAUCAUGGGGUGUUUCAGCUAACAAAGCGAAUCGUUAAAUUUGGCUUACCUGCUUACCAUAAGCAAAGUAAAUUCGCGUAUUCGCUCGCGUAAUUUCCCACGUUAUUUUUCUGACAAAUAACGUGUCCUUUCCUUACUUCCAACUACAUGUAUGCAUGUAAUUUCAAGAAGAUUUCAGCAGUGAAGCGCAUUUGAAAUAUUGGUUAGGAUAGUUAGGAAUUGUUUCAGUAAUAUUUUUUUAAAUCCUUAAGUAUUAGUAAUUAUAUCGCAGCUGUAACACACACAUUUUUAAAGGAUUGUUGUGACACCGUCCACUGGCUUUUUAGAAACGAGAAUGGUUUUGAAUGUUAUAAAUAUAAUAAAUUCUUCUUCCAAGUAA